AUGACAGGAUGUGAUAGUAUAAAUGUGGACGUGUUUGGUGAGUUCCUAAGGGAAGGUCUGUGGGGCCGCGGUGUGAUUGUUCAUCCGUGUCUGCGGUAUCGUUCUCCCACGGGUCAGCGCCAGCCAGCCCACCCUCUACACCCUCUAGUAUCAAUUGGUUUAGUAUUAUUAGUCAAGGCGAGUCCCGUUUCCAUCGAAGCGUUAACACGGGAAGUAUUAGCAAAACAAUCGGACUAUACUCGUAUAAUGUCUGGGAACGCUCAGUGGAACAAAACUUCCUUCACCGAAUUGCAAGUUUAUUCCUUUGAGUCCACCGGAGUCUAG